AUGCCAUAUUCUCAUGAAAAGUUGGUUCAGCGGUUCGAACCGGUUCGGGGUUCGGAAAAUUGGCCGAACCGAACCGUGGUUCAGGUUCGGGUUCAGCAAAAAAUUGUCCGAACCCGAACCGAACCGAACCGUGAGACCACUACCAAUGAGGAAGGUGCCUCCAGGAUGGCCUCCGAUCAGGGGGGUGUGUACACCGGAUACCUCGACGUAGACGAGGGCGCGAAGCAUCUGUUCUUCUACUUCUUCGAAAGCAGACGCGAUCCAGCCAAGGAUGAUGUCCUGAUGUGGAUCAAUGGAGGCCCGGGGUGCAGCUCGUCGAUGGGGUUGCUUAUGGAGCUGGGGCCGUGCAGCAUCGACAUGUCAUCGAAUGGGACGGUCUGGAAUCCGCACUCCUGGAAUUCAUUCGCCAAUAUCUUCUUCCUCGAUCAACCUGUAGGAGUUGGUUUCUCGUAUGCCGAGCACGGCGAAACGAUCGAAACGACUGAGGACGCAGCCAAGAACGUGCACGCGUUUAUCUCGCUCUUCUUCGAGGCCUUUCCGCAGUUUGAAGGUCGGGCGCUGCAUCUGUCAGGAGAAUCCUAUGCUGGCCGCUAUCUUCCUGUAUUUGCGAGCGAGAUAUACGAUCAGAACCGACAAGGGCACUCCAAUAUCAACCUGCAGAGUGUAAUCAUUGGGAAUGGGAUCACCGAUAUCUCAACUUUGUACCCGGGGCGUUAUGAAAUCGAAUGUGGAACUGCAGCAUUGGAAGUACCGUUUCAAUCCAUUGGGACUUGCGUUCGCAUGAAGGCCGCUGUCAGUCUCAUCUCAAACCUGACCCCUGCACCAUCGUCUCUUACAACUUAUCAGCUUCCACGAUGCCAGCAAAGGAUGAAAGAAAGUUGUAUCGACCGUUUCGACGCAAUCGAUUGCCAAGCUGCGGUCAGCUUUUGUGACAACCAGCUCUCCUCUGGGAUGUGGGCAAGUGGGCGGAAUGUGUACGACAUCUCGAAGAUGUGUGUCGGCGACGGACUGUGCUACGAAGAAAACCAGAUCAUCACCAAGUACUUGUCCGACCCCGCGAUUCUAUCCUUGCUGGGUGUCUCGCCGGAUGCUGCCAACUUUUCCUCGUGCUCGAAUGCCGUCGGACGUCAAUUCAGCUCCCAUCUCGAUAAAUGGAACUUCCCUACGCAACACUACGUGUCUGGUCUGCUCGACCGGGGAAUCCGUGUGCUGAUCUACGCCGGCACGUACGACUGGCAGUGUAAUUGGGUCGCAAACAAACUCUGGGUCGACAAGCUGGAGUGGAGCGGCCAAGCGCAAUACGCAGCCCUCGAGUGGACCAGCUGGGGAACCAACGGCAAAGCAGGCGAAGUGAAGCAGAGCCCAGAUCUCCCCUUGGCGUUCGUAACUGUUCGGGGAGAAUCUCUCGCAAUGUUGUCCGCCUGGCUGCAUGGGACGAUGUUGUAG